AUAGAAAGUUGAGGUUCGAAAUUAGUCGCGAAGUGAUUGGAUAUGACAUUCCUGGUAGGCAAACCCUGGAGAACGUACUAUCGAAGAGCAAGAGCCAAGGCGCUUUCGGUAAUGAGACCUCGGAGUCGUUGCCCAAGAAGACGGUCAACAUACGACGUUCCCAUACCCAAAACGAGAUGCCUCGGUCCAUAGCCGAUCUGAGGGCGAAGCUGCAGGAGCGAGGGGAGUCCGAAUGGAGGAAGAGGAUACCCCAGAGCAACAACGCCACCGACGAACUUAAGUUGUUGAAGGAGAAAAAUAGAUACAACGAUGAGCUGUCGGAGAGGUCUCUGCUGGCCUCCAAAAAGGACGAGCUGGACGCCGCCUCCAAGCAGUGGAAGGCCAGGGUGGAAAAGUCCGACGCGGAGAAGUUCUCGGUGGCCGGGAAGAUGGGGGAGAAAAUUCGGGACGCUGUGCCCACCAUCAACAUACCGCCCGCGGACAACAGGAAGAGGACGCCGCAGGCAAAGAGGUUCAAGCUGAAGGAAGGUUCCGACUCUACACCAACAUCACCAGAAAAAAAUAACAAAUUUGAUCUCAUCAGAAGCAAAUCCGUCACGUAUCCCCCAGUCUCCGACCAUGACUCUUCCGGAUCUGACAAUUCUACGAGAGCCUCAGGCAGGAAGGUGUCGGUUCCGAAACCCGAUGAUUUCACAUUCGAGACGUUCUUCAAGAGCUUAGAAGAGACGAAAAAUGUAGAACCGGCGGACUUGUCUCUGGAAGAUUUCGAUGCGGUCCAGAGGCAGUCGCUUCUAGUCAUAAAGAAAAACGUUCAAGUGCAAAGACGCAGGGGAACCACGAGGAACCCGAUCAAGGCCCUGGCUUCGAGGACCGACAUUACCAACGAGUACACGGAAGUGAUCACGGGGGUCGCCGAGAGAGAGAAGAAAAGACUGAAUAUUGAGAAGUUGGCCAAACACUCGAACAAAGCGCUAGAAGCUCUAGCCGGCUUGGCGAGUAACGAAGACUUCAAAUCCGUCGCCUUAAAGAAAUCCACAGGCGUCACGCAACUUCUGCCAUGGAAAGACCUGAUGUUACUGCAAGUGAAGGGGCGCAGACACAUACAGACUCGUCUGGUGGAGCCUGUCGUGAGCAGCAUCAACGAGGGCGACAGCUUCAUAUUAAUCACCCCCACGGUCUUAUAUAAUUACAUCGGGAGCUACUCCAACGUUAUCGAACAGUCUAGAGCUGCGGACAUCGCCAAUCACAUACAAAAGAGCUCCGAUAUGGGCUGCAAAGUAGAGAAAAUCGUAACGAUUAGCGGCAAGAGUGGAGCCAAUAAACAAACAGAAGCUUUUUGGAAGCUAUUGGGGACCGAAGAGGCGCCCGAGGUUGUCGAAGCCGGUCACCCCAGCGAAGACGAGACUUACGAGUCGAACAUUCUGAGCACGAACAUGAUUUACACGUUGGAAGGCGAGGAGUUGGUUCCCCACGAGAAAUAUUGGGGUGCCAUACCAAAAAUCGAGAUGCUGCAAGAAACAGGCAUAUUAGUGUUUGAUUUUGGUUCCGAGAUGUACGUGUGGAGCGGUAAAAAUGCGUCUUUGGACAAAAAGAGGCUUGCCCUGAAACUAGCGAAGGAAAUGUGGGAAGACGGUUACAAUUACACGGAAUGCAACAUAAGCCCGUUAAAUAUUGCCUCGAAACUUGGCGCCCGGGAACAGGAAGAAUCACCCUUGAAGGGGGACAAACGUCCUGACUGGGCAUUGUUCGCGAAAGUAACGCAACAUCGGGAGACCGUCUUGUUCAGAGAAAAGUUCCUCGACUGGCCCGACUUCUCCCGUAUAAUCAGAGUGAAGAGCAUCGAGGAAACGAAAGAAGUUAGCGCCUCUUACGACAUCCGACCCUGCGACGUCAAAGAAAUGCUUAAGGAGAAAGAAAAAGAACCCGACAUAGUAAUCGACAACGUUCACUUGGGAAGGGGCGACAAGUACUUUGACGAGGAAACUAGAAGACUGUUUGAAUAUGACACAUUAGAGAUAAAAGCGUGGCGGAUCCUGGAAAACACGCACGAAGAACUCAAAGACAAAUCCAUAGGGCAGUUCUACGAUGGUGACAGUUACAUUUACAGCUGGAAGUAUCGGCAGACAGUCAAAGGCCGGGAGUUAAACGGGAAACCGUCCAAGCACGCCCAAGUGGGACGGGAUCGUUGCGUGUUCUUCUGCUGGCAUGGCAGCGACUCUUCCAUAAACGAAAAGUGCACGGCCGCGUUUCUAACGGUGGAACUGGACAAACAGAACGCGCCUCAAGUCAGGGUGGUCCAAGGCUCCGAGCCGGCCGCCUUCCUGCGUCUCUUCGACGGUAACAUGGUAAUACACAAAGGCAAGCGCGACGAGGCGGAAGACACCCAAAAGCCGAGACUCUUCAUUGUGAGGGGGGAGGUCGAGAAUGAGAUAUACUUAAUGGAGGUGGCUCCGAGCAUGAGCUCACUACGGAGUAGAUCUUCGUUUGUUAUAAUCGACACCGAAGAGGAACAGAUAACUAUUUGGCAUGGCAGUAAGUCGUCCGAGCAGAAGCGUAAAGUAAUAAAGGACACAGUGCACAAAAUUAUGAAGAAUAAGCCCGCCGAAUUGUACCUGGAUGAAUUCGAGGAGGACUUGAACAUAGUGGAGAUGGACGAGGGUAGCGAGAGCGAGGAUUUCUUCGAUAUCCUGAGCAACAACAGAGACGUGUACAUGUCGCUGUUGGACAGCGAGGAGAAUUACGAUCAUACCCCGAGGCUAUUCAGGAUGAGCAGCGUUACCGGCACUUUUAUCGCGACGGAGAUUUUGUGUCCGCACAGGAGCGAACACUCUAGUCCGUACCCGUUCGUACAGUCCGAGCUUUAUUCGGCUAGUCAACCAGCACUGUUCCUCAUCGAUAAUCGCCACGAGCUGUGGUUGUGGCAAGGCUGGUGGCCCGAAAAAGAGGACGAGGUGGACCUCAGCGACCAAACGGGAUCCGGCGCCGUACGGUGGCAGGCGGAGAGGAAGGCUGCUAUGCAAACGGCCGUGAAUUAUUGGAAGUCGACGCACGAGGAAGACGAACCUGUCGUGGCGUAUUUGGUCUGGGCGGGUCUGGAGCCCCUGCAGUUUACAAAUUUAUUUCCGAUGUGGGAAGAUAAGGAGGACGUUGCUGAGCUCAACAAAAAGGAGGGUAAAAAGCCUGGAGACAUGUUACCAUUAGAAAAGGAGCUGGCUCUUCUUUCAAGAACCACCUACCCGUUGUCCGAACUGUUGCAAAGGCCUCUACCGGAAGGGGUGGAUCCUACGCACAUAGAGAAAUACCUGUCCCCUGAAGAUUUCGAGGAACUGCUGUCUAUGACGAAAGAAGAAUUCGAGAAGCUUCCUUCUUGGAAGAAGACGGCUCUCAAAAAGGAAAAGGGUCUUUUUUGACCACUGCUUAGCCUUCUAAUAGAAAAACUGGACUACCUAUUUGGUGGAUGCUUCGGCCCAUCAAAGUCCAUCGAUUUUAUUUAAUAUAUAAUAUAAACAUGAUUGUAUCUGAGAAUUAUUUAUUAUAUGUUUUUUUUUUAAUUAACGGACAGAAAUUAUCACACGUAUUAUUUUAUUUCACAUAUCAAAUUUUAAGGGCUUGCAGAUAUUGGGAAUGUUGGAAAUGCCUUUUAAAACGUAUUUUUAUAAAAUAUACUGUUCUAGAAGCAUGAAAAUUCGCCUCAGCAGUGCAUCGGACAAGGUUUUGUUAUUUUUUUUUAAGCUGUUCUCGUCGAAAUUGUAACAAUUUUUUGUUUCGUUGUUGUACCUUAAAAAACUGCCAUUUACAAUAGCUUUCCUGAGAAAGGAUAGAAGUACUUAAGUUUUUAUAUAAUUUUUGUUAACUUCCAUGUCACCCAAAUAAAAUUAGCGAAAUUGAUCCUUCACAAAAAUGACAUUAUUUGGAUGAGACGAAGGGAAAAAUAAUAAUUACCAGAAAUAGCUGCUUCGAUGUUCCUUGGAAAACUACGAAGACGUAAACGUUACGAAGGGUUUGCUAUAUAUAAAUUUGUUUUUUUUUAUAUUUUAAUAAGGUGAAGUUGUGAAUAAUGUCUGAGCAAAUUUUAACUUGUCAUUGUUUUGAAGUUAAUAGUUCAUCAAUGGAAAUGCGUAAAGUUCCUCACCCAACAUGGAUUUUUCACUAAUUCUGUAUUUAUGAUCAAUGAUCAAAAGUAUCUUUUUUAAAUGAUUUUCAUUAUUACGUUGUUCAAUAAUUUGAAAAUUUGUAAAUAAAAAAAAUUCACUCUAGUUAUUAAUGGUGAUUUAACCCCAUUAGAGCUUCACAGUUUCUUUUCACUAUUUUAUUUCUUUUAUUGCCAAUAAUAAGUAUACCAAAUUCGAAAAAUAAAUCGCAUAAAAAAAUUGUUUAGAUUAUAUAAUUCUGCAACACCCUGUAUUUCAUGACUGAUAAACAGCUCUUCUGCUUUUUUAUAACUUAAUAUUUUACCAGUAAUAUUAAUCUUUCAUUUAAUUUCAAAUUCAAAUUUUUUCAAACUUUGGUAUUUCUCAUCGUCCCACUUCUGAUGACGAACUGUUUAGGUUGUAAAACUCUGACCAAAUUAAAUAUAUUGUACUGACACAUUGACCGCAAACCUCACCUGGGGCGGAACGAAAAUUAUUCGACGGUAAAUUAUUAUUUUUCGUUAAAUAAUACAUUUUUGUGAAAUACGCUUAGUAAUAUUAAUUUUAAUGAUAUAUAUCUGUGAUUAGGCUACGUAUUUAUGUUGAUAAUUUGUAAUAUAUGCCGUUAAAGAGUGUAAAUAAAAAUGGUGCCUUGUAAUUUUUGGAAUUGAGAGCUCUCGUUUUUGAGUUGCAGAACAUUUCUAGUCUUUGUGAUCCUCAAUGGCACUGAUCUAUUAGUUUGUUUUGUACAAUGUUUCUUUUUUUCAUAUGUUUUCUAAUUUUAAUACAGAGUUCUGAAUGCCUUACUAAUGAGUUUUAGAUGAUCUUUGUGAAUCAAAAUGUUGAACGUAUCGAUUUCAAUUUACCCCUUAAAUUCGUAUAAGGCUUUUCUACCUAUACUAAAAGUAAGAUCAAUUUAUAAUUAUAUUGUGUAUCUUAUGUGUUUUGUACAUAACUUUUCAAUUAAUAAAUAUUUUCACAAACCAAGA